AUGAGAGCUAAGCAAAGUCGUUGGAUUGUCUUUUUGAUCGAUGGCUUGGAAUCAACAGAAACAAAGCACACAAACCGUGAGAACAAAACAAUAGUUGCGACACUAAGCGCGUUCAACAAGGUGUCACCGCUAUUGCACAUAUUUCAUGUAGUGAUCAUAUCAUGUCUUCCACAACAACCACUCAUUCAUUUAAUAGAUCUACAACAUUUCUACCAAUUUCUUGAAUCCUCUCUUUGGUUGUAG